AUGAUGGAAUACAUUGGAGCAACAGGGGCACAAGUAACAUUCAAUUCAGUUCCAAUAGAAGAAGGGAUUGAUUUCCAUUUCAUUCUUGGGUUCGCCAUUGAUGCAGACGCUUCCGGCAAUGCCCAAAACGGAAAGUUUUCAGCAUAUUGGGCUGAAUCGUUGACACCGGAAUCUGUUGCAGCCAUUAAGGCACGCCAUACCAAUGUCAAAGUCUUGGCUAGCCUCUCUGGUUGGAGUUUGCACGACAAAGUCCUACGUUGGUAUGACCCAAAAGACACUCACCUAUGGAUUUCAAAUGCAUUCUCAUCUCUAAGGUCUUUAGCACUCACUUACCACCUUGAUGGCAUAGACAUUGACUAUGAAGUUUUCCCAAGAAAUAAAAACUAUACUAGUUUUGCUUAUUGUGUUGGUGAGCUCAUAACUCUUCUGAAGAAACAUAGUGUUAUUUCUGUGGCCACUAUUGCUCCCUAUCACCUAACUGUUGAAGCCUAUAUGGAACUCUUCAAAGGUUACAAUAAUGUUAUUGAUUAUGUUAACCAUCAAUUCUAUACCGACAAAGUUUUGACUCCUCAAAGGUACUUAGAAGAUUUUAAUAUUCGAGUAACGCAAUUUGAUAGGAAUAAGUUGCUUCCUAGCUAUGAAGUCAAUGGAAGGGGUAUUCAAGGGGAUGCAUUUUUUGGAACUCUGAAUUUGUUGCAAGAAAAUGGAUUUGAGGUUGGAGGCAUUAUGAUCUUCUCUGCCGAUGCAUCUUCUUCCAACAACUAUUACUAUGAGAGAAGAUCACAAGCAUUUUUGCUCAACUCUACCGCUACAUGA